AACGGGUCAGAAAGCAAUGUCGGCCAAGCAGCUUUACGCCUUUGUUUUGCUUUGGAGUAUAACUUUCCUCAAUGUAAAAAGUUUCAAACUUACUGUGAAAAGAUGCACAACUUCAAGAAAACCGAAAAGUUAUAAAGAAACUAGAACACUUGAACAGAUAGAAGAUAUUCAACACAUGAUCAAUUUCAAUCCUGCUGAAAUUUGUGAAAUGAAACUAUCAAAUGGAAGCAUUAUUUCCCUACCAAGUGGUCUACUUAGAAACUUCAGCAGUCUAACAACACUGUCAUUGGCCGGAAGUAAUAUACACAGACUUUCAGCAGAUGCAUUCCUGGGACUUCAAUCUCUUGAGAACUUAGACCUCACAGGGAACCCAAUUCAAGAAUGGAACACAUCCGGGAUAUUAUCUCACACGCCAAAACUAAAAACAAUAGACACUUGGCAACCAAUACCAUGGAAACAUUUGCGUUCAUUGUUGAUAUUACCACAGCUUAAGGAAAUACGAGGAAUAACUUGGAAUCUGAAUUGUUUGAGCUGUUCGUUGAUAAGAUCCACUAAUGAAACACUAUUAAGUGUUUAUAUGAAUGAAACGAGUCGAUUUAUAGAAGGCUACGCUUGUCGCUCCAAGAUUACAUCACCGAGUCUAUCUAUCAGACGUUUAGCGAGUUAUGGUUUCUUAGCAACAUGUGUCCUUAGCAACCAAACGUGUUAUAAAUCAGAGGUCAAGGUCGUUGUCAAGGCACCGUGUAGAAAAACCACACUAUCAGUAAUGUAUGCUGCAUUCUUGCUUGGACCGUUGGCAAUUCUACUGAAUGUUAUUGUAAUCGUAACCGUUUUGAACUCAAAGAGACUACGCCGACACAAGGACAUGAUAUUAGUUACAAAUAUCGCUAUUGGAGACCUCUGUAACGGCGUGUAUUCAAUUCUUAUCGUGUCUAUUCACGCUACUAAGACAUUCCAAGAAAUGCAGAUCUUUGCGAAGCACUACUGUUCCUAUGUAGGGUCGUUCUGGACACUUGGGCUUGGAUUAUCCGUGUGCUUUUCCCUGGUUCUUACCAUUGAAAGGUUCAAAUGCGUUGUCAGAAUUAAAAACAGGCGAAUGAGCUCAGAGGUACUGGUUGCAGCAUCGUUGGUAUGUUGGUUAUGGUCUCUGACUGCAACCAUUCUCCCAUGGUUUGGUAUUGGAUAUUACCAUCUUAAUACAUACUGUAUUCCUGUGUUCCCUGUUGCUAGCAUUCCAGUCCAGUUCUAUUACGGUAUUACUMURGCUGGAAUGUCUGGUCUWAUGUAUCUUAUAACUAUUCCAAUGUACAUAAGGAUGUACARCUUUGUACGAAAYUCRAGCAAAAACAUGAGAAUUCGRGCAGAUAUCGAGUUGGCAAAGAGAGUUUUUACCCUUGUAAUWACAAGUGUMGUAUUCUUUCUUGUUCCUGUGGUUACGUCACUGGUUUUUUCACGUGURAAGCGCAAUACSUCAGAKAUUUCACGUGAAGUAUCUGAAGUACUGAAUUCUGCAUUGCCGUUGAUUUGUCUGUCUAURAAUUCAGUACUCAACCCAGUUCUCUACACGUUCAGGAGUAGGAUGUUUAGAAACGAGGCAUCAACUUGGCCAUGUAGAAUACGGACGAGAACUGGACCGAGUACUGCUUUUAAUCCAGCAUCCAAUGUUCAAUCAGCUUAUGUUAUUCCUUCUACAACGCACGCUGCAAUCUCRCAGUCUAAACUGUGAGUCUGAUUUAGAAAUGUGUCUAGAUGACAGCUCUACUUAGUCAUCAACAACCACAAGUAGAAUGCAAAUACCACCAAAAUACAUUAUUGCUUCCUCGUGAGACCACACUAGCACCAGAGCGCCGAUUUCGAAAAAGUGUCUUCAUAUGACUUAAUUGCUUAUCCAGAACAUACGUUCCCUAGUUGAGCGCUUAUAAGGCCCAUUGAAAAAAGUAUGUUUUCCAAUUAUUCUUAUAUUGUAUGUAAAUAUGAUAUUAUGUUAUGCUUUGAAUUGUAUUUGUUUAAUAUAUUCAUUAAAGAUAUUGUUUUGCCAAUCAAUUAUCCAUGUACUACCACUAAUUAUCGAGCUAAUUAUCAUGUACGAACACUAAUUAUCCAUGUACGAGCACUAAUUAAUUGUUAUAUUGGAAAU